GGCUCCUUUGCCAUCCAAAAAGUGCAGCGGCCGCGACAAACAAGCGAUCUACGGUCAAGCCCUCUGAAGUCCGCCUUGUCGCCCAAAUAAGUGACACCACAACCUGCCAGUACUAGAUAAUAAAAUAAUGUUAGCAAAGUUUUAAAGUGUAUCGUGUGCUAUUUCUGUAAUUUUAUAACCCCACUUUUGGAGGAGGAAUUCGAAAUCCCACAUCAACGGUGGGAAAUACCAUUCUAGUUUCCUGGUUCGCUAUAACAAGUGGUUAAUUAUUUUCAUCACGAAUUGGAACGUCAUUGGUUUUCGGCAUUGCACAUUUGCACCAGAAUAUUUUAUUGUUUUUUUUUGUGUGUGGGUGUGUGACAGGUUGCACGAUGCAAGCAACAGAUUACGACCAAGAUUUGUGUCCUGACUAUGGAGCUUUACCAGAUGAUUUAUCAGAAUUCAUGAAUGACAGUUACCUGGUGAAUAUGCUUGACGCCGAUGGCCUCUUCGCUGAUGAUCCCAUGUUGAUUUUUGAUGGCGAUGACUUGGAUGACGCUCCCUUGACAAAAGAGCUGCCCGGCCAACACGGAAACCAGCAGGUAGACCAGAUUAAACCGAAAGGAAAAAAUGACUUUCUUCAAAAAAGACCCAGAGCCACAUUAUCAAAACAGAGCACCAAAAAACAAAAAGCUGAAGGUAGUGACACAGGCUCAAUGCCGAGUCAGGGAGAUCUUUCGUGUCUCCCCACAACACCACAAAGCAUCCUUCAUCUCCAAACCUCCAUCCGAUUUGUCACCUUCCCGGCCGCUACAUCUUAUCAGUUGAAGAUGCAAACGACUCGUCCUCCAGUUGGCCGCCUCUCGAUGCCCAUCGCUGCUGCACCAACAUGCAUAUUGGUCCAUGUACCUCCUUCGCCUUCAGUAUCCAAACUCCAGGUGCCUCUCUUUUCCCCAGAGGACAGUGCAGUAGUACCGGCCCAAAUGAGCUCACCCCCAUCCGGAACAUUGUCGGACACCACUAGCAAAGUCAUCUGUCCACCUUGUGAUUACGAGAUGACUCGGCGUAAUGCGUCAAACACCGUUCAGCGGUCUCCCACCACGUUCGAUUUACCCGAAAGUGUCAAGAACUACAUCCAAAUCGCCAAAGCCCAAAUGCGUCAAAUCUGCGAGGAGAUGGAGCCAAGGUUGAAUUUGAGCAGUCAUUACGUGGAUGUGCAAGUUAUCCAGAGAGAGACGUUUUGCUCGGGGAAGAAAAAAAACAAGUGUCCGAACAAAGACCUGUUCGCCAUGGGAGAUAUGGAUCGACAAAAAAGACGGAUUAAAUUGAACCAGAUAUUUGAGAAGUCCGCCGGAGAGGAACCAAAACGACAUAUCCUACUGCUCGGUAAAGCAGGCAUGGGAAAAACCACCCUCAUCAGGAAGCUGUGCCAUGACUGGAGCAGAGACGGCCUCCCCCAGUUUGAUUUUGUCUUCUUGUUGGACGGCAAAGAUCUCAUCUCUUCAAGGAAGUCGCGCUGCGGUCUUCGGACUUUACUGCUGGACCGAGCUACCGUCGCCACUUCCGUUAUAAACACGGAGGAAGUGUACGCUCAAGUCCUCGCAUAUCCUAAACGUGCGCUGAUUAUUUUUGAUGGAUUUGAUUCUCGGGAUUAUGACAUUCUGUUUCAAGAAAAAAACUUGACGACCUUGUUCGAGAGAGACACGAACGCAACGUCCUGUACACUUAGACAGCUGUACUCCGCCAUCCUCCAAAGGGUGCUACUUCCAGGAUGCUUUCUUCUGAUUUCUGCCCGACCCAAAGGCACCGCCUGCCAACUCGCGCAGCGAAUGGACUGCCUUUUGGAGGCUCGUGGAUUUACCCUUCCAAAUAUCGAAGAAUAUUUUUCCAGGUACUUUGCCCAUCCUGAUCUCAGGAACUCUGCUUUGAAACGCUUUGAAAAGUCCAGCGUUCUACGUCACUUUUGUUGGAAUCCUGGAAUCUGUCGACUGGUGUGCUUGGUUUUGGAACAUACCGAAGGCUCGGAGGGCCUUCCGAGGACUUUAACUGAGCUCUGCCAUCGAGUGCUUUGUAUUAAAAUGAAAAAUGACAACCGGGGCCGUUGCCCUCGGGCUGAAGCGCACGGCUCGAGGCGAGAUCAGGUCAACAAAAGAACAAGGCGGUCAAAGGGGAAGGAUCCAAUCAAAACCGAUGAGAUUAAAACUGCCCGUGGGGACAUUUGCGAAAAAGAAACGCUGUCCCGUUUGAGCGCUCUGGCCUGGGAAGGAGUAAAAGCCAACGUGUCCGUCCUCCCCCAAGGAGCAAGUCUAUGCUCAAAACUCGAGGCAUUCGGACUCGGGAAGGGAUUCUUCCGUUCUUACCGCGCGACUGCAGGACAGGAAGAAGAAGCAGACGGGCUCUUUGAAAGUGAAAAUGCAGAACAGAGGCAGCGACGUACCGACACGGAAGAAAAUGUCAGCGGUAACGACAUCUUGACGUGGGUGGAUCCAUUUCUUCAGAGUUACCUGGCAGGACUCCACUUGUCCAUGGCAAGAAAUGUUUGGUCCCAGUACUUCCUCCAGAACCUCCUUUGCCAGCCUGGCCUCAAGGGACGCCGACGUCCCCAAGGAGAAGUGCAAGAGCUCACUCGGCGUUUUGCUUUUGGCAUCCUGUUCCUUAAACCGACCGAGUUACGCAAGCUUCAUCUCGACUUAAACUCCGGCAAGCGUGCCUUAUUCACUCAACGUUUUAAGGGUCUUUCCCUUGCCGACCUGGGCCCCGAUCAGGUCCUGGAAGUGUGCCACUAUGCUUACGAAGCAAGUUUCUCGCAUGACAACGGUGGCGAGGCACCGCUGGUCACUCAUCUGGCAGAGAACCUACCGGAGGUCCUCACGUUUCGCGGAGUGCCACUCGGACCGCUCGACGCGUACGUGGUGCAGAAGAUUCUCGAAAGGGCUGAAAACGCAGGGAGAACAUUUUCUUUGGAUCUCGAGAACACCGGGAUACCAAUUGCAGGACUUGGAUCCCUGGUGGGUCUUGGCAGCUGCAGUACGUACAGGGCCUGCAUCGCCGAUGUCAUCGCCCUGUGGGAGCAGUUAGAGCAGAGCUGUGACAAGAAGCCCCUUCAGCAUUUUGUGACCAAGUUCAAGAUCCACCCGAUGAAAGUCAUGCAAGUGCGCCAAAUGGAACACCUGGCCAAGCUUGUGAACAUCCACACGCGCGGGAGGCUGUCAGACCGUCGCGGCGAACUUGACGCCAUCCUGGAGAAGGGCGUUCCGGCAGUCAAGGAGCUACGCAAACUGGAGUUAGAGAUUGGCCCAGAGCGUGGGCCUCAGGCUAUCCCCAAACUUUGGGAGUUUCUCCCAAAUUUACAUGACCUCCAGCACCUCGAUUUGGAGGACAACAAGAUUGGUGACAAUGGUGCCGAGCAGUUGGCUAAUCAUUUUGCCUCCCUCUGUUUUCUGCAGAUACUCAAUCUGUCACAGAAUUACAUCGGAGAUGAUGGAGUCAAAAAAAUGGCAACAGCAUUCAAAAAUCUACCCAAAUUGCACUGCUUAAUCCUCUACAGCAAUGUGAUUUGUGAUGAAGGUGCCGCCACUUUAGCCGCUGUCCUCCCUCACAUGGCAUCAUUGACUGACCUCGACGUGAAGUAUAACAAGCUAUCGGAUGUGGGAGCACAAUGUUUGGGAGCCAGCCUCAAGAAAUGUAAGAAAAUGAAGACUUUAAGGAUGUGGAACCAGUCAAUUCCGUAUGGCAUAUUUGAGAGACUCCAGCAUCAGGAUACCAGAAUCCUUUGGCAUUAAUAGCGCCCCCGCCCCCAUGCACAUACUAAUUUCUGUAAGGUCGGUGGGGGGGGGG